AUGGCGUCGUUUUUACUUGGCGACGAGUAUGCGUCUUCCUCAUCAGACGAUGAAACUUCGCGUCGUACAAGUUCAAGCAUGAAUACGCGUCCUCCAGUAGCUACAACUUUUAAUCAGCAAUUGUUACCAUCAGCUGAUGAAGUGUUUUCGACUAAUAAUACAAGCAGUGUCUUAACCACGAAAAUCUCAUCAGCUUUAGCAUCGACGAACAAGCGAAAGAAUGAUCAAAUGUCAAGACCAGCUAUUAAAGCAGUGAAAAUCAAGACUGGGAAAGCUGUUUCCAAGCUCAAAAUUGCACCAUUUGCACCACCACAACUUCGUCGGCCUAAUAUCUCAACGGAAGACAGCAGUUCAUGGACUACAAACAAGACGCUAACGUUACAGAAGAAAGCCAAAGAAGCUCAAGCAAGAGAGAGACAAACGUGA